AUGAAGCCUAUGAAACUGGCAACCAUGCUACGGGUCGAUGAGCGCUCGGAGCUGAGUGGGCUGAUCAGGGCUGGCCUUAUCGACGAGGGUGAGCUCCACAAGAUCUCUGAGCGCAUCAUAGCCAGGGCUUCCGAAGGCAUGCCAGAAAUGAUUCGCAAUCCCACUGCUGCAACUGAGAUCAUGCAGAGCCGCUUCUACCGCACUCUACACGUCAGCCUGCGCUCCACCAUGGUCAAAUUCCGGGUGAAUGUUGGCGAUUUUGACAUCGACAAGGACAUGUACCGGGAUGGGAAGCCACUGGAACUCUUCAAUCCGGAAGCAAAGUUGAAGGGAAACUCCCGGCUGCCUGACCUGGUACGUGGUGCCAACCAGGGAAUGGCCAAGGGUGAGUUCCAGAUAUCGAACCUGCCCUUCAUUGAGUCAAUGGUCUUGGCCUUCAUGGAUCACAUGAGGAACUCCAUGAAGAGCGAUGUUAUCCCUCAGGUGGUGCUAUUCCCUCCUACCGAGACUCCUUCCGAAGUGCCAAAAGACUGGUGCAAGAGCAUCCUGGCCAAGCACGGGAACCUGGUGGCAAAGGAUGAAGGGCCUGAAGGCAAGCAUGUCACCCACAGGGCCACCAUGGAUGUGUGGCUGGUGACAGAGAGCAGCUACCCUCACAUUGCCCUCGUCCUUCGACGUGACGGCAUCACCAAAUCAGGAGCCAACGGUGCCACCCUGGGGUUCAGCAUCAAGGAGGGGGACACAGCACCUUCCUGCAUCAUUGUCGAACCUGGGGUGCAGAAGGCUCAGGUUGAGACCUCUGUCACUUUCCCUGCAGGCUACCUCAAGCCAGUGGCUGAAGUACUGGGAGUGAGCCCCCAGACAAUCGACACAUCAAUGGAGGCUGCGUUGACAGGGCACAACCAGGAAGCUGAUAUGGGCCACAAGACAACCACGGCUAACCAGAACACCGUGACCCUCAAGUUCACUCUCAAUGAAGCGGGUAUGCGGAACCUGGAGGUCAUGCAGGGCCUGGCCAGGAAAAACGCGGAGGAGGCUGCACGUGCCGAAGCACUGGUGAAAGAGAAAGCACUGGAGGCUUCUGCGGCAAAAAAGCACAAGAAGGCUGAGAACAUCUCAUGGGCCCUCAAUCAUACGUCGGUUGCCGCUGUGGCCCGUUUCGGCUUGGGCCGAGCUGCCACAGAUGAGGGUGAGGCACAUGCCAGCAGAACACAGAGUGGAGUGCUCAGUCAGUGGGGGAACCAGAUCAAAGACACGGACAGCAACUGCAAGAGCGCCCGGCAGGUCUACGAUAGGAAGGUCAAUGAGCUUUGCAAUUUGAAAUCACUUGGCAAGGACAAGGCAGUGAAAGGCUGCAGUGCCAUCACCAAGGCUCUGGGAGCAGUUGGCCUUAGCCUGAAGUUCAACCCACUAGAGCCAAACGCAGCUGCCAACUAUGCCAAGAGUGAGGCUUCAGGGAAGCCUGGUGGUGCCUUAGCACCUAUCGACCUCCUCAACCAGUUGAUGCUGGGUGGUGUGCCCUCUGACAGUGCCGAUGCUCUGCAGGCUUACAUGAUAGAUGUGUUCAGCCUUGAGAAGAGUGACCACCAGGAGACCACAAGGCAGAAAGUCGAUGCAAACCACCGCAAGGCCCUCCAAAAGGCUGCUGCAGGAGCAGAUGGGAAGAUUAUAGAUGCAGGGACCUACCGCAUCAACCCUCUUGCGACGGGGUUCCAACUGAUGGGUGCUGCCGUGAAGAGCUCUGAUGUAGAGCAUCAUCCACCAGAGGACCGAGACCCAAAGAGGGAGUUCUUUGGAGCCGAGAAGGACGGCGGGGAGGUCGUUGAGAAGAGCAAUGGCACUGAGGGUGCCAACCAAGGGCUGCAGGUCGACUCGGAUGUUGCCAUCUGCUCAGGAAUUGAGAUCGCAGAUGAUGAUCACCCACAUUACGAGUACUCUGUGGGUGAUAUAAUCUGGAUCUCAUACAGCGGCAACAAGGGCAGGGCGCUGACCAACGAGGAGAUCAAUGGUGGCGGUGCUCCGUCAGGAACUGUCACAGAAGCAGUCAUUGUCUCGACCCAUCCAGUCCUGCUGGCUGACCCGCAUGGAGUACCUGCGUGGGCUGAAGAGACUGCCCAGCAGGCUAUUCCCUGCACGGCAAGUGAGAGGGAGGAAGAAGACAAGAGUCAAGGGCACAGUCACAGUGACGGCACAGACCCCUCAGGCAGAACUCUGGGUACCAUAUCUGCGGGCGAUUCUAUGGGUCAUGACGCAGCAAGGGUCCGCUUCGAAGGUCUGGACCCUGAGACUAUGGGCGGUCUGGAAGAUCUGACGGACAUCGACCUACAUGGCAGCGAAUCAACAGACCCAUCCCUGCAACAAAGCCAGGCUGCCUGGGCUCUGGCCAACAUUGCAGAGUCUCAGGCUGGCAGAGAGAUCAAGCUGGAUUUUCCAGGAGGUGUGCAGGCAGCCACGGUCCGAGUCACUCCCGAGGGUGUGGGCACCAUCACCCAAGGGUCCAAGGUGAUCACAAUCCUCAACAGGUCCAACCUGGCCGCUGAUGAUGCCAUGGCCCUUGCCUUCCAGAUCCUUACAGUGGUGGGAGUCACGGGGGGUGUGGUGCGACGGAUCUUGGUCGGCCUCACGACUGUCCAUGGGUGCAAAGCCAAGGAGGGCAAGGCUGUGACAGUCCUCUAUGCAAAGACCUCAGGCAGGGAUGUGGUCAUUUAUCCAAGUGCUCGCAUGCUCCCUACUACUAUUCGUGAUCCUGCAAUCAAGAGCAUGGAGAAGGCCGAAGUCCACUCUGUGGGCCGCAUCAGCGUCCAGAUGAAGCAAAUGAAGACAGUCAGGCCUCUGGCCAUUGGCUGUGUCUUGGGAAUGGGUGAUCACCUCAAGGUGACAUCCACUUGGGCCGUCGAGAACAACCGCACAUGGAGCUCCGUGGAUCUGACAGAGGACGGGAACAGUGCCUACAUUCUCCAGCAGGGGCUUGACUCUGAUGUUCUCAUGCCCUACUUUAAGCUCUGA